CGCCCGCGAGAGAAACUUUUGGCCUAGGUACAGGCAUUCGAACCCCAUCCCGAAUCUCUUCUGGACCCCGCGUGGACCUCGUUCACCGUUCACCUCAUCCUGUAUCCCACCUGCCCACCAAUUUACCCUGUCAACUCGCCUCCUCUCUCACGACUGACUCGACUGUCAUCAUCUGUCAUUCCCGCAUCAUGGCUCAAAUUUACGUCCCAGAUUCUCUCCCUGAUGAUUCUGAACCUCUGUCUCAACGCUAUAACGAUUAUGCAUUCGAAGCGACGCAGCUGUCUCAGCCUGUCUACAGCCAAACCCAGAACACUCAAGGCACAGCGUUUGCUAAUUCUCAAGUAGAGCCGAGGAAAAAGUACUGGGCCACAUUCAUUCCUACCAACCCUGCUCACUCCAUUCUCAAAAUACCGUGGACCAAAUCUCAAUUGCAGAUUGGACGAGGUCCAGUGGGUCAUUCACACAAUGAUGUGGUCUUGGCCGAGAAACGAGUCUCCAACAGACAUUGCAGGAUCACACUUGGCAUACAAGAAGAGGGCAGCAGUGAUCUAUCGAGGUACACAAUGCAGGCUUGGAAAGAUGGAGAAUCUGAACCGGAUGUAUGGAUAGAAGAUCUCAAGUCAUCCAACGGGACUUAUGUGAACGGCGCCAGGAUAACGCAUCGGGUGCUACUGCGUCACGGGGAUGAGAUCUCCUUGGGACACGCUGCGACACUGGACAAUCACGAUGUCCGGUAUAUAUUUCGGUCGGUCGGGAGCAAAGGCACCAAGAUGGGCCAAACUGCUAGCAAAGGCGGGUUGGAUGUCGUAGGUCAGGUGUAUGAACGAUAUCAGCUCCUGGAGACGCUUGGCUCUGGGACUUUUGCAGAUGUGCGCAAAGCAGUCGACGUGGAGACGGGUAAUAUGAGAGCAGUCAAGCAAAUCGUCAAACAUCGCUUCGCUGCAGACAAGAACACACUCGCAUUGUUUCAGAGAGAAAUUGCAAUUUGCAGUGCACUGCAGCAUGAAAACAUAUGCCGUUUGAUAGAAUACUUUGAAGAUCCGCAGCAUAUAUGCUUGAUAUUGGAGUACAUAGAUGGAGGAGACCUGCUCGACUAUAUACAGGGUUACCCCAACAGUUCUGGAGGUGGACUACCCGAAGAUCAUGCGGCGAAGUUGAGCUUGCAGAUCUGCCGAGCGAUGGCUUACACGAAGCACGAGAUGGGUGUCACGCAUCGAGACCUGAAGCCAGAAAAUAUUCUCGUGACAAGAGAAACGCCAGACUCACCUCAGACUAUCAAGAUUGCCGAUUUUGGCCUGGCGAAGAUGGUCCAUGCCGGCACCAUGCUCACAUCCAUGGUUGGCACUCCGCAAUAUCUCGCCCCGGAGGUCGUAAUGCAAGACAAGCAGAGUCCAGGGUACGAGAAUGUUGUCGACUCUUGGUCGGUUGGGAUUAUCGUGUACAGCAUGUUGACAAAGGCGCUACCGUUUGAUGAGGAUGCAGCGCUGCCGGUUGACAAACGAAUCAAGUCUCGAUUCACUCAGGCAUUCGACGAGGGCCUGCUACGUCAACUGAAUGUCAGUGAAGCAGCCAUUGAUUUCAUAAGUCGACUCCUCGCCAAGCUGCCUGCCGACCGCAUGACCAUGGCGGAGGCCUUAGAACACGAAUGGUUGGCUGGACCGUCUUCACAGCACUCUGAGUCUCAACCUUUGGCUCUCGGCGGUGACUCUGUCUGGGAUAUUCUCUCAUUCGAUGAGGAUCCGGAGCCGGAAGAUGACCUUUUCACAAACGAUGGCGACGCUUUGUCCGACGAUGAAGGAAGGUGGACGCGUCCCGCCACGGUGUCAGGGACCAACAUGGAGUCUGCCGUCGGUGGAUUGUCCGACGAGAGCUUUUCACAGCCCAUGAACAAUCUUCGAUUGACGACCCCUGGAUUAUUACCUCGAAGCAAUCUCUCCCCUUUACCGCUAUCCGUUGGAGACAGUGCUCGUCCGGCAGAGCCGUCUCCACCCUCUCCUCCUCUCACUGAGGAACCGAUGCUGGUCGACAUCGUCCUUCCUGCCGUCACAACGCCCGAAACCCAUCGACCUCCAUUGCUUACUCCUGGUGGCUCAGACUUUGGUCACAGUGACAUGACAUCAACGGGGGCUGUUAAACGAAAGUAUGAUGCGGGGAUAAGCGCUUUCAGUUCAAGCAGUCUAUCACCGCCGCCUCCGUCCAGUAACGAUUCACAAUCACAGGCCAAGGGGUCUCAAGAGAAGAAGGGAUCUCGGCAGCUACUGCCUACUCCGCCAGAUAACGAGCGAAUUUCCAAUCCGGUUGACGUAUCGUCGAUAGAUGAAACAACGCCUGUGAAGCCCCGUAUGAAGGCUGCCAAAAUCAUCGCGCCUAACGGCGAGAGCAAAGUCGCAAAUGGCAAGAGUGAAGCGAAUGUGCCAAGAAGUUCGCCGAGACGCUCGACUCGACCUCGAAAAUCGAUGCGGCUCUCAUGAAGAUGCACGCUAUUCUGCGACGAAAACCCGCAAUUAGCGUCUGGAGGUCGACGAUAUGGAGUCUGUUAUCGUGUCACGUCGCGCGAGCUUUACACAUUCAGAAUUCGCUCGAGAAUCCCGUCAUCGGUUGUACGUUUGGGGAUACUGUGCAUGUAAUCCUUUGAACGGUCCGAAAGGGCUCGCCACGGGAACCGAAUGGCCUUUCCUCACGGGAGGAUGAGUUGGAGGCUUGCUCACCAUCGUAUAUCAACUCUGUCCUCACAGGUCUCCCCCUCGUUCACGCCGCAGAGGUAGAAGGCCAAUUCUGGACUGGCCUUGACUAGCCUUUCAUUGAUAAGCCUCGAUGUUACAUCUAGAUGGCUUGCGUCUCCUAAUGACCACACUGAAGAUACAAAUGG